CGGGUGUUCUGUGCCAUAACUCUAUGCACAUACCGUCAUACCCAGCCACGGAGUGUUCCCAGCGCUCCAACAUCGCCCCUUUAGAAAUUUGCAUAGACGGUAGCGCCACACUUUCCUCUAGUUCGAACCACCACUUCAGAAUAUGCCACCAAACUUUGACUGUGAACUUGUGCCCGAGUGUUCCAUGAAUCAAAUCAGCCUGAACAUCUUUAUGCGAGGGUGGUGAAACACUUGUGCAUAACAUCACAACAUCAAUCUGAUGGCCAGGGAAGCAUAAAACCAAGGUUGCAAAAAAACACACCAGAGUCAAACUUGGCCUCGGAAUCAGGAAAGACAUUCGCCACCUAUGCCAACUCCUCCAUGGAAGUCAACAUAUGUCGACCAGAAAACACCUGGGGACAUAAUGCAUGAUCACGAAGUGCCAAAAAAAGCACAGCUCAUGGAAAUGCAACGUCCUGCAAACAAGCAAUCCCACAUCUGCUGCUUCUGCUUCAAGUCGUUUGCCAAUAACAGCAAUCUUCAACGCCACGUUCGUACUCGGUGCAAAUAUCGCUGUGCUGAAGUUUUACCCAAUGGCACAGGUGUCGUCAAGCACAAUUAUCCAGUGCAAGAUGUUAGUUGUAAAAUGCUCAUUUGUGACCGGUGUUCCAAAGGCUUCUCCAGAAAGGCAGAUUUCGAUCGACACAAUGACCUAGAACACAGAGACGGGCAGACCAGCCACAGCUGCUACUUGUGCCCUGAAGCCUUUGACGAUGUGUUGUCUCUACGGACCCACCUCAAUGCCCACAUGUCAGACUCAAACAAGCUACGUGCCGAUAACCUGAAGCGUGAGAGCGACGAACAGCAGGAUGACUGUUUGCCAGAACCGCAGUACAGCUGCAACAUCUGCAGCGUAAUGUUUGCCGACGAAUACGCCCUUGCCGAGCAUGUACUGAUCGCACAUUCCCUCGAGCUGCUGUGCAUGGAUAAGAAGCCACUGUUCAGUAAGCAUUGUGCAGAUGAAUGCGAGGUGAUGGACGACUUUGACAAUUCAGUCCUUGAGUUGACGGCCAUGCCGUCGCAUGAUUGCAACCUUUGUGCCGAGACCUUCAAGGAUGCAUCCGGCCUUGCAGAGCACAUCGAAAACAACCAUUCAAGGGCGAGUUCUUCUCUGGACAAACAACAGGAGGAUAAUGCAAAUCAUCAUGAGGGGACAUCUGUGACGAUGGCGACUCGCCAGGUAAAGGAGCCCAUAACUCCCAUUCACCUCGAAGACGCGUCUGGCAUCACGUUAAAUGAUUAA